AUGGCAGAAGGUUAUAACGAGUACUUGCUUGAGAGGAUAUAUGAGCUAUUUCCGAAGAAGGAAGCAGAGGUGUUUAUUGAGGAGAGUGGGAAGCAGAGGCCCACGACCAUACGUGUGAAUACGCUUUUGAAGCAGAGGAGGGAUGUGAUGAAGAUGCUAACAUCGAGAGGUGUUGACUUGGAUGAGCUGCCAUGGAACGACAGUGGAUGUGUGGUGUUUAGGUCGACGGUGCCGAUUGGAGCGACGCCUGAGUAUCUUGCAGGGUACUAUUGCCUACAGGGUGCGGCAUCUAUGCUUCCGGUGCUGAAUAUGGAGCUGAAGAAAGGGCUUUGUGUUGUUGAUAUGUGUGCAGCACCCGGGGGAAAGUCGGGGCAUAUUGCAGCAUUGAUGGGCAAUACGGGUGUUUUGUAUGCGAAUGAUGCUAAUGAAGACAGGAUUGCUGGCCUUAAGGGCAAUCUGCAGAGGAUGGGAGUGAGCAACUGUGUGGUGAUGAACAUGGAUGGAAGAAAGAUGAAUGUUGGAAAGGUUGAUAGGGUGUUGCUGGAUGCGCCGUGUUCUGGAACUGGAGUGAUAUCGAAGGAUGCAUCUGUGAAGAGCAGCAAGUCUAAAGAAGAGAUAGAUAAGAUAGUUGUGUUGCAGAAGGAGCUUAUUCAGCACGCAUUUGAGAUGCUAAGGCCUGGGGGGAUUCUUGUGUAUUCGACAUGCUCUAUUCUUGUGAAAGAGAAUGAAGAGGUGGUGAACUAUUUGGUAUGCAAGAAUUCAGGAGCGAAGGUGGUUGAAUGCGAGGUGGAUGUGGGGAAGAACGGCCUUGUUGGAUUCCGUGGCCGCACAUUCCACUCGUCGCUGAAGCAUGCAAGACGGGUGUAUCCGCAUGUGCACAACAUGGAUGGGUUUUUUUAUGCAAAGGUGCUGAAGACAUCUGAUUAA